AUGGCCAACAUCGACGAGCUGCCGCCGACGCUCUUGGACGUUUUAGCAAAUACAGUCGUACUCGGUCAGCUGAGCCCAUACAUCAACAUCCGAGAUCUCCUCUCCCUCUCCGCCACCUGCAGCGCCGCACGAAACACAAUCUAUUGCAAUCGAGAAGCAUGGCGACACCUCGAUCUUACCGGCAUCAAGUCGGCCAUGAUCGACUCCUCACCCAUCGAUAUAGGUGGCAUGGCUUGGCGAGCCGAACGCAUGGACGAGGCGCUCACCAGCGAUGAUUUCUUUUCUGGUCCGCUGUACGAUAGAGACCCAUUCCUUAAUUCGAUUGCUUAUGCUGAUCUCAAUGUCCGUCUGUCCUACAGGAGAGGUAUCUUCGGACGACUGCACCGAAAGAGCGUAUUGCAGCAUGUGCAUACCCUCGUUCUCGACGGCCUCUCUGUACCAGCGGAUGUUAUCCACGAAAUUGUCUGCGAGGAUCGGUACAACGUCAGGAUCCUCAGUCUGCGACAGUGCAGGCACCUGAACGAGACAAAGUUGCAGCAAGUACUACGCUACAUCACGCGACCCACUAGGCCAGAUGGAACUCCGAAGCUGAGGGCACUGUACUUUUUUGGAUCCAAGGAUGACCUUGGAGCUGUCACAGGUCGGCAACAGCAUCACCAAAUCUUGCCAGCCAAUGCAGGAAUUACGGACAUUCAAGGCGCCCAACUGGGAGCUUCGAGUCAAUUACCUGUAGUCGCUCAUGACGCGAAGGUCGUGGAUGACGAGGCAAGAUGGUAUGGCUCCUCCGGCCGCAUCAUGAAACCACCCCUCUCCGGCUGGGCCGAGACCAUGCAAUCGUGCAAAGGCCUGAUCGCAUUCGACGCAAUCCUCUGCCGCGGCCCACGGCACGACAUUACAAAAGUCGACAGCGAGACCUUCUUACAGCCAACAGUGGCGAACAUAGCACUCGGUCGUGGCUGCGAGACCUGCGGCACCAUCCCCGAAGGCCCGGCCGUUUUUGGCACAAGUCCAGCACACGCCCUCCCUCUGCUCAGUCCCGUCCCAACCCAUUCCUCGACCCUUCGCGCUGCACAAAUGCCAUCUACCGCCUCCAACGGUCUGCACCAACUGUACGCUCGCUGUGAGGACUGCCUCCGAGGUCGCUACUGCGAACGGUGUCUUCGCUUUUGGUGCGAGGACUGCCUACCAUCAGUAGGAGGGGCCAAUGGCUCACCGGUAAAGGUAUAUUCGCGCCUGUGCGUCGAACACUGUCUCGUAAGCGAAAUGAUGAGUGGUGCUGGCAGCCAGGGGAUGUGGGGGUGA